AUGUUAAAGGCUGAAUAUCGGGAAUUUGUAAACCCCUCCAAGUGUGUAACGUUAAAUGAACUAAUUGAAUGGGCAAGAGACAGGGAAAUUGAGAUAAAAAGGCAGGUUGAACGGGGAGAGAAAAGGGUAGCGGAGAAGCCUACCAAUGCAAGUCCAUCGAAAAAGACAAGAUAUCAAGACCAAAGCAAGAAAGGGAAAGCAAGUAGUGAGAUCCCGACUUGCAAGACGUGUGGGAAGCAUCAUUCGGGUGAAUGUUUGUCGGGAAAGAAGGGAUGCUACAAAUGUGGACGAGAAGGACAUCCGUUUUAUAGGUGCCCCGAAAACUCAAAGGCGUGUUACAAUUGUAAUGAAACGGGGCACAUUAAAGCGGAAUGUCCGAAACUUCAACAAGGGGCAAAGAAAGAUGGAAAGAAGGAUGAGCCCCCCAAGGCUCGCGGAAGGAUGUUUCAGUUAACCUCGGAUGAAGCCAAAGCUAGCCCGGACGUGGUUUCAGGUAUAUUUUCGGUGAAUUCUAUGCCUAUGAAUGUUUUAUUUGAUUCCGGGGCUAGUAGGUCGUUCGUUUCUAAUGAAUUGUUAGCUCACCCAUCGUUUAAGCUUGAAAAGAUGAUAGUACCCUUAGAAGUAGAAGUUGCUGAUAGUAAAAGCUAUAUGUUACAUGAUAUUUGUAGAAACUGUAAGAUCUUAAUUGAAGAUGAGGAAUUUAGUAUAGAUCUUGUUCCGAUGUACAUGGGGGAAUUUAAAGUAGUUGUAGGAAUGGAUUAG